AAGCAUCGCAUGAGCUACGCCCCUCUUUGUUGAACAAGCCAAACAAUAAUUAUUAUCUUCAUCUUGAACAAGCUAGAGCCACUGAUAUAUGGUUUUCCUGGAUUUUCAAUAGCAAAUAAAGUCUACAACGUGAUUCAUCAGGUCAUUUUCGAUCAGUUAGUGAACAUAUUAACAUUUCUGUAUUCGCUGUAAACAAACUGUAGUGUUUUAAGAUUCAAGAUUAAGAAUGGAUAAAUUCGUUGCUAGCAUUCGCCGUAAGUACAGAGAGAGAUCCUUAAAUCGUGAAGAGCAAUGGCCACCAGUUUCUGGAGAGAGGCUCAUCAACUUGCAGUUAGUGGAGGCUGAAAAGAAAGAAGGAUUUAGAGCCGGUUUGCCACAACAUGGUGUACCUAAAACUCCAAUUCUCCAUGGUGACCUGUUCCGAGUCGAAGAAGGCAGAAAACCAGUCAAGAAGCUCAUUGUUGAAGGCAAUGCCGGGAUUGGUAAAACCACACUGUGUACCAUGCUUGCUGAAGGGUGGGCAGAGGGCAAGAUCCUGACAAAAUUCGACUGUGUUCUGUUGCUUCCACUAAGAGAGAAUCGAGUGUCCUCUGCCACCAGUCUCACCGAACUGUUCAAACUUCUCCACUCCAGUGAGAGGAUUCGGACAUCUGUUAUAGAAGAGUUGGAGGAGAAAGAGGGAGAAGGUGUCCUCAUCUUAGCUGAUGGCUGGGACGAGCUCAGUGAAGAAAACCGUUCCAAAGUAUCAUUUCUGUAUGACCUUCUCUUUGGUGAUGUUCUUCCAUUUGCUUCUGUUCUCCUCACCUCACGACCUUCUGCUUCAGCUCCUCUUCACAACCUUCCUUCAGUGGACCGUUUGGUUGAGGUGGUUGGUUUUAAUGAGGAGAAUAUCAAGCAAUACAUAGCAUCAGAGUUUGAGCAAUUCCCAGAGAAAGCUUCUUCUCUUAUCGAGCAACUUGAGAACAACCCAGUCAUUCAGAGUGUGUGUUCUGUGCCCCUCAAUUGCGCCAUUGUUUGUAACUUGUGGCACACUUUAGACCAAGAGCUUCCUCGUACGCUAACUGAGCUGUACACUCAAAUCGUUCUUAGCAUUAUCUUUCGUAAUGUCAAAAAGCAGUUCCCUGAUUGUCCGAUUGGUCUAAAUAGAUUUGAAGAUAUUCCGAGUAAUCUACAGGACACGUUUUGGUUGAUUUGUGAAUUUGCGUACGAAUGUUUAUUAUUAGAUCAGCUGGUUUUCUCAGAAGCUGAAUUGUCCUCUCGCUUACCCGAAGUUGGUGACAAGUUGCUGUGUUUUGGUCUGUUGCAGUCUGCACGAUCACCUCUACCUGUUGGUCAAGGAUUGUCUUUUCACUUUGCUCACCUGACUAUCCAGGAGUUCUUGGCUGCCCUCCAUCUUGCUACUCUAUCCAAUCAAGAUAAACGGAAGGUUGUCGAGGCUCAUGCUGACAGUGACCGGUUCGACAUGGCAUGGAGAUUUAUGUUUGGUCUUGCUAGUAAGUGCCGUGCUAGUUGUAGUGAUCAGGUAAUUAGUUUGGAUGAUAACUUGAUGGAUCAAUUUCUGGUGGGUAAAAAGUUUGAUAACUUAAGUUUAUGUCAUGCGGCUUACGAAGCUUCAGACCAUGACCUUGCAAGGAAAGUUGGUAAUGUAAUGUCUGUGCGGUAUCUCUUCUACACACAUUUUAGUACUCCCUUCGACUGUGUAGCUAAGUUCUACAUUCUUCGUCAUGCUGCACAAUGUAAUAAUAUGGUUAUCAGAAUAUCCAAUUGUGCAAUCAAUGAUAAGCUGUUAAACGAACUAACUGACAUACUUCUCAAAGCGAAAGGUGGGUUGCAGGUUAAGGAGUUAUCUUUCCAGCAGACCAAAUUGUCUGACAAAGGUUUUACUUGUUUACUCAAGAGAGCCUCAGCUGCCUUUACAAAAUUAGACCACCUCUCGUUGUGUCACAAUAACUUAACUGACAUCAUGUUUUCAUUCAGUGGCAUGAACCUUACACGACUGGACUUAUCUCACAACCCUCUUGGAGUGUCUGGUAUACAGUCAUUAGAGACAGCUGUACAGUAUGGUGCUCUUAUCAACCUGAAAGAUCUAAGUCUAUCCAACACCCUCACUGACGAUACUGACGUCAAUGGAGCUCUACUGACCACCCUCUUACAGUCUAUUGCCUCUCACUGUGCUAAUCUGGUAGAGUUAAGACUCUCCUACAAUAAUCUUGGGUUAUCUGGAUUCUGUUCAGUUGUAAAGAACUUUCCGUUACGUAUAAAACUGAUUAAUUUAGCACAUACCGAUCUCACCACUUCAUUUCACUUAGAGUCUCAAAUACUGAGUCUCCAUCCAAACAGUUUAACGACAAUGAUCCUGAGUGGCUCUAAUUUCAGUGGAAAUGUUGGAACUCUCUUACUGGCAACGUUUCUUCAAGCGUUUCAAUCACUAGAAUGGUUUUCCUGCAGUUCUUGUUCUCUCACCUCUACCGACAUCAUAUUGCUUAUCCACCAUCUUAAGUCCGCUAAUGUGAUAUGCAGUAAGAAAUUAUUUAGGUUGGAACUCAGGAACAACCACAUUGGUGAUGAGGGAGUGAUGGCUCUCACUGAGUGUAUACCAGAGCUGUUCCCUAGUCUGGGGGGAUUCAGUAUCGAUCACAACCAGUUUAACAUUAUUCUCCAUGAUAAUCCUGUGAGCGAGGAUUUGUUACUCAUGUGCAACGAACAGUUGAAGGUGAUUCAGGAAUCAAAGACAAUGGCAAUGCUAAGUGAAUGGAAGAGAACAUGUUUACCUCCACAAAAUGAAGAGAUGAAUGAUAUUUUCCAAUAUCUUUGGCAGGAGCUACUAUGGAAGAUGACAAACAAACUUCGAGCGAUCUCUUCAGCUGCUCCCAGUUUCAGUAAUUCCCAACUGAUACCAAUAGAUUUUAGUUACGAGGUUGUGGAUACAGUGGACACUUCUAGUGAUGUCACUGAUCCAGACACUCUCAUCAAGGAACAGAGCUUCUCUCAAGCAGCACCAGUAGAGCACCACCCCAGAGCUAGUGACGAGGUUACUUCUACUACAGCUCUGCAGUCUACACACGAAACAGACCAACGUACAACAGCAGCCUCUACUGAUGUUGUACCAUCUGAUUUCACUGAAAGAGAUAUCUCACAAUUAGAUGUCCUCACUUCAUAUCCACGUACCAUUCACUCAGGAGCUGGUGGACCGACUAUUGAGGAAUUGAAGGAGCGUACAAAAGUGACCGACUCUCAACUUGACACUGAAAUUAAAAAGACUGACAUGAUCGUUCUGGCGGCUCACUUUGACAAUGUGGAAACCUACCCUGUACAACUGGGACUGAACCCUGCUGAUCAUCAAACUGUUAGAUCCUUAUCAUUUCAGUACGACAUUCAAACAGCGAUGGACAAGGCCUUGAGACUGUGGAGACAGCAUAAUCCAGGGGCCGCUACUUACAGAGCUCUGGUGAUAAUUUUGUUGAGAAUGGGAAAGGAAGCAUUGGCAUUUAAAAUUUGUCAGUCAGCAGCUAAGAAUUCGAAACGUGUGGUAUGAAACGGAGAUCUAUUUAACUCUAUAUAUUAAAAGUGUUACCCAUCAUUCAUAAUUUUAUUUUACUUAAUUGAUAUAGCAUACGAACAUGCCCAACACUUUAA